CAUUUUGGAGAUCAAAGAUGGGUAGAAAAGAUGCCCCUACAAUGAAACUUCCUGUUGAUCAGUACAGAAAGCAAAUUGGUAAACAAGAUUAUAAAAAAACCAAACCUAUUUUACGAGCAACCAAAUUAAAAGCAGAAGCAAAGAAAACAGCAAUAGGCAUAAAGGAAGUUGGCCUCGUACUUGCAGCUAUAUUGGCCCUUCUAUUGGCUUUCUAUGCUUUCUUUUAUCUCAGACUGUCCACAGAUGUUGACCCUGAUCUGAAACCAGAUGAAGAUUAGCUGAGCAGCAAUCAAUGCAUUAAAGGGAAAUAAUUUUAUAAAAGCACCCCUUGGGACCAAUAUUUUCUAAAGUACUGAAACUAGAACAUCUUGAAUUUUUUCUGCUGGUAUUUUUAGUUUUCAGAAAUAUCUUUUUAAAUAGUUGCAUUGGAUUUCAAGAAAAGAACCAUACCUAGCAAUGUAGUAUAAUGUAUGCUACCGGAUACUUUUAUAAAAUUCUUUCUACUUUGACAGGCAACCUAUUCAUGGUGCAUUUAGAUAAAAUGGAAAACAGAUCCUAAAUUCUUUGGAUGUCUUAGCCAAUUUAUGUGUAUAACUUCAUCACUUACAGAUUAUUAAAUCUAUUUUUGUUCCAUAUACAUCAUAAGUAAAAGUAUAUAUCCUCAUUUACAGAAACAUUCUCAAAUCAGAUUCAGAGCCUAAGAAGGAAUAAAAAGUCAUGGGGAAUUUUUCAUUUUACAAAGAAGCCCUGCUUUCUUUCCAGACAUAUUUUAUAUCAUUAGAGGAGCUAUCUGCACAUACAUCUACAGUAAUCUUUUUCCUUCUUUGCCAACUGUUCAGUGCACAUGUGCUCCAUCAGAAAUGGCACCUGGAUAACAGAAGCUCAAAGAGUCACAUAUGUCUCUAAAAUAGAGUUCCUUUCCUCUUGGGCUGUCUGAACUGGUGUAAAUAGAAAGUUCAGUUGAUCUUGGUUUUAAUUAACUUAUUAUUCUAUUAAUAUAAACUUGGAAUUCCAUUUUAAUUAUGUUGUUCUGGCUGCUUGCAGUAUCAGUUUGCCCCUCUUGUUAGGAAGAUAUGUAACAAUCUGUCAUUUAAUUGUGCAGGUUUUCUUCCCCCCCAUACGACAGCAACCAAGUCCUACCUAGUCAGAAUAAUCUUCUUGGGUUGCCUCUUAAAUCUGAACAAUACGAGGUUGGUUUACAAAAUUACAUUCUGUCUCUUGAGAGUUAGUCAAUCACCACUGUUUUAUGAGAAAUAAAUAAUGUAAGAAAAUAUAUGUCUCACUACUCACAUAACUAAUUUUUUGUUUAUGUAAGUUUUCAAGAUAUUUUGCGUUUGUUGGAGUAUAAUAAUCAAUGUAUUCAAUAUUUUUACUGGUAAUGGAUUUUUUAAAAUAACGCUAGAACACAUAAAGACAUAAAGCUUGGAAAAUGGGAAAAUAUGUGUCGACAGCACAUUUGUUAGCUACUACUACCUUAUAGAAAGAAGUAUAGAACAUUAAUAGUUUGAAACAUGUGCACAAAGGGUUUUAUAUCACAUACAUUGUAUUUCUGAAGAGCAAAUAAAAUGUUAAGAUUGUUUUCAUAUUUGCCAGGAGAAAAAAAUCUAUGGUAAAUAACCUAGAUCUUCUUUGAGACUUUUACAAAUAGUUGACUAUGACUGUAUAGCAUUAUGUUCCAUAGAAUUUUUUUCAAGUAGCAUAAUUUAUUUCAUCAAUGUGAAAACAGCCAAAAGUUCCAGGAUCCUCACAGAUCAUUUAUGCCAAGCAUCUGAGGGCAAAAUUUAGCCAGUGUUAUUUACUGGAUUCUUCUCCUUGAAAUCACAAACUCAUGAGACAGACCAAGAGUUCUUAUACACUCACCACAGCAGACCAAUCCAAGUGGCAUUUUUAGGAAAGGUUGCAGCAUUUAAUGCCAUGUGGUAUGUCUGUUCGUGAAGUGGGUGGCAAGGGAAUAUCCAAGCUGGCAUUUUGGAUAUGAUGGGCCUUUUCCUUUCCUGAGUGACAUGCCACAUGUCAAGAAAUACUGCUUUUUCCUCACUCCUAUCACAUUUACGUGAACAAUUUUCAUUUAGUUAUUUUACCUCCCAUAUGGUGUUAAAAACAGUCGUAUUAAAUAAAGAUUAUUUCUAAUUUCAGUCAUAAUUUAAAUGAGAAGAUAUGUAAUAAUUUGUUUAUUAGAUACCCAUCCAAGUGAGAUGUAACAGAAUUUACAGUAUUUAAAAUAGGUGACUGUACUCUUAGAAAUGCCUGAAAAUUCAUUACUGUGGAAAAAAAAAUAUUACUGUCCCCUUCUGUUCUUGAGGUCUUCUUUUGAGGGGAAAAGUUUGUUUCCAAUAGUAAUAAAUAUUAGUUUAUACGUAAUAUAAUUAUAGGCAGGUUGUGUUACCUCGUUUUACCGAUAUCUUGAGUCUCUGGCUAGACUGUUGGUAUAAUGUACCUUAUGAUGGUUCCAGAGACAAGUCCCAAAGGCUCAAUGCUGAUUUUAAUAAAUAGGAGGUAAAGUGAGACAAUACGUGUUUAUACAACACUGUUUUCAUGAAAUGCAAAUUUUUCAAACUUGCAUUAUCUGGGAAGCAGCCUGUAGAGAAAUCCCAGAUUGAAAUCUGGUUUGAAUCUUUGAAGACAGAGAGGUGCUAUCUGGCCUGUAUUUUCAGGGGGCCACACUUCUGAAUAGUGAGCGAUGUUUGGUGUAGAUCUGAGACUGGCACCAGACAGACAAAUUUUAGGCAUGGGUUUUUCUCCUCCAGUAAUUCACUGCUUACAGUAAUUCAGAAGAUAAGAACAGAAAAAUUAGGAUGACUUUUCAGAAUGUUAGAAUCUAUUUGGUAACAUGCUCUGUAGGAUAAACUUCAGCUAAUGCAGUAGACUUUACAUACAGCCUAUGGAAGAGUGUGAAUGAAGUUGGAAGAGUUGCUGGCCCUUAUUGUGCAUGCAAAAUAAAACCUACAUAAAUUUAUUUGAGAGGAGAUACUGUAAAAAGAUAACCUCAUCUAGGAUUUCUUUUAAAACAGAUGCACAGAAAGCAUACCGUAGUACCAAUACGGAGUUUGUUUUAAGUUGGCAAAUACUUGAAGAUUUUCGAUCCUUUCAAUUUUUCAGAAAUCGUUCCACCCCAACCAGUGGUUGCAAGAUCCUGAAAAUAAUGCUCUUAUUCAUUUCUGUGAUUCCAGCAGUGUAGUGAUCUGCACAUAUUUAGUAAAUGGAUGUUAAAAUUUAAUUUCUUUUAGUCCUCUCAGAAUCUGGUACAGUUGCUGCAUGUAAUAGAUGAUCAAAAAUUAUUUGCACAAUAAAUGAAACUUAGAAAUCA